AUGGGGGAGGCUGCAUUUAUUUCUCCAACACUACGAAAUGCCGAUUGGCGCUAUGGCAUGCACACCGCCAUGCUCGAGAACUACAAGCCAGCACAACGGCAUACAAUCCCCGACUACGAUGCAUAUAUAAAAGCAGCUGCGCUGGUCGCAGCCUUGUUACAGGAGCUUGCAGACGUUCCCGAGCCUUAUGGAAGCUGCCCGCCGAUACUGCCCACCCAACACUCGUUCACACCCGAGGAAUUGUCCGAACCUCUCGCGCACGCCCAGCUCGACGCCACCCGGGAGCAACCCCGACCCGUAUCUACUGCCAGGAGGUCCGAAAAGACGGUCGAAACGAUGGACUUCAGCAUAGAUUUCGGCGACACUACCGGCAUACAGACCAGAGGCAAGAAAGCUGCGAAGAAGGCCGCGAAGGCUCAACAGCAGGCGAAAUGGCUCGAAUCAGACAACGAGGGGAAUGGCGGUAUUGCUGGUGAUGGUGGAGAUGGUGCUGGAGACGGUGGGGGGGACCAAGCCGGCGGUGGUGCUGGUGACGGUGGUGGGGAUGACAACAAUAAUGGAGGUGGAGGCGACGAAGAAGAAUGGGAUAUGGGUGGCGGCAAGAAGAAUAAAAAGAAGAGCAAGAAGAAGCAAGAAGAGGAGGAGAGGAAAAGGCAGGAAGAGGAGGAGCAGAAGAAACAAGAGGAGGAGGAGGAACGGAAGAAGCAAGAGGAGGAACAGGCUGCUGCUAACUCACUCAGCUGGGCCGACGAUGUCAACAAUGCUGCUGCGGAAGAUGACUGGACAACAGGCUUUACGACCAAGAAGGACAAAAAGAAGAAGGGCAAAAAGGGCGCCGAUGACCCGCCGCCAUCUGUUCCCGAUCCCCCAGCGGCUGCGACAUUUCAGGACAUCAGCCUUGACGACACAGCCCCGAAGCUGGAUUUCAGCUUCAGUGGCACGGACACGAAGAAGGAUACUGGGAGCUUUGGUGCGUGGGGUAAGACAUGGGACUUUGGAUCCCUCGACAGUGGAGGCACCAAAAUCAACGACAAGACUUCUAAGAAAGACACCGACAAGAAGGAAGAGGCAUCAGGCCUCGGGGAUAACAAUCCUUGGUCUUUUGGCAACAAGUCGAAGAAAAAAACCACCACAUCCUACGGGUUUGAUUUUGGCGAUUUGGAUGCCGGAGACAAAAGUUUUGGCCUCGACGGUGACCUUGGUGACAACAAACCCACCGACGACGCCUGGGGCUUUUCCACUGUCAACAAGAAGGAUAACAAGAAGAAGAAGGACGCCAAAGCCGACGAACAGGCUGCAGUGGUUGACCCUGGCUCGAAGGACGACGAUCUUUUGGGUGCAUGGGGAACCUCGGCAUCGAAGAAAGACAAAAAGAAAAAGGGCUUUUCCUGGGAUGAGGAGCCCGAGCCCCCGCCCCCGCCACCUGCUCCUGUCGAGCCGGAGCCAGCUGCUGCAGGAGACGAUUGGGCAUUUUCGACGGGCAAGAAAGACAAAAAGAAGGGGAAGAAAGGCAUCACCGAGGAGCCCGUAGUCGAGACCAAGGAUGCAAUUGCUGACGUUGGCGCGACGGACAAUACCUUCGAUUGGGGCUUCGGAACGGGCAAGAAGGACAAGAAGGCCAAGAAGAGCGCAUUCAGCGAUUUCAAUGACAAUGAUGAUCUUCUAGCCGAUCCUGCACCCGCACCUGAGCCAGAGCCUGCAGCUGCAGACGGCGAUGACUGGAUGUCCGCCGCGUGGGGAGGGAAAAAGAAGGACAAGAAAAGCAAGAAGUCUGGCAUCGAAGAUCUGUCUGCAUCCGUGGACUUGACUGCUCCUGCUGACACCAAGAGUGAGCCACCUGCAGCGGAUGAAACAACGACCAAGGGAAAGAAGGAAAAGAAGGGCAAAAAGGGUGCGAUCAUUGAAGAAGAGCCGCCUCCGCCUCCGCCCGCUCCCGAGGCUCCCGUUGAGACAGAUGACAUUUGGAGCUCAUUUGGCAAAAAGGACAAGAAAGGGAAGAAGGGCAAGGUGGCAAGUCCUGAACCCUCGAUUCCGGAUCCAGUUCUCGAGGUCGAGCCAGAACCAGAGCCCGAACCCGAACCCGCAAAAGAACUCUACGCUGAUACUACGGGCUGGGAAAACCUCUCUGCUAAGGACCGGAAAAAGAAAGAAAAGGAGGCCAAGAAAAAGGGCUUGCUCCUCCCUGGUGAAGAACCUCCGAUGCCAGAACCGGCCCCAGAACCGGAACCGGAACCAGAGAUUAAAGAAGACAACUCGUGGGGCUUUGGAGGUUGGGGGACGUCUACAAAAGACAAGAAGGCCAAAAAGAAGGGGUUUAUGGAUUUCGACGAUGAACCUCCCCCACCACCGCCUGAGCCGGAGCCAGUCGUGAAAGAGCAGGUGGACGAUGGCUGGGGCUUCUCCACCAAAGACAAGAAGAAAUCGAAGAAGAAAGGCGUUCAAGACCCAGUGGAAGAACCUCCAGCGCCACCACCACCUCCUGUGUCGGAAGAGCCACAGGACGAUUCGUGGGGGGCUUUUAGCCUUUCUUCCAAGGACAAGAAAAAGAAGGACAAGGAUGCGAAGAAGAGCACUUUCCUUGAUCCUAUCGAGGAGCCAGUGAUUGCUGAAUCCCAGGAAACCGAGGCGAAGGACAACGAUGCCUGGGGCACAUGGGGAACGGCCACCUCUAGCGACAAGAAGAAAAAGAAGGACACGAAGAAGAAAGGCUUCCUCGACUUCGACGACGAACCUCCUCCACCCCCUCCUGCACCAGAGCCUGAACCAGCCGAGGAGGUCAAGGAGGAUGACAGUUUCUUCGGCCUCUCUGCGAAGGAGAGGAAGAAGAAGGAGAAAGAAGCCAAGAAGAAAGGCGCGGCAGCCGCCAUCGCUGAGCCUGAGCCCGAGCCCGAGCCCUUGGUUGAGCCAGAGCCCGUGGAAGAAAAGAAAGAUGACAUCUGGGGUUCCUGGGGCACAACCACAAAAGACAAGAAGAAGUCUGCAAAAGACUCCAAAAAGAAAGGUUUCUCCGAUUUCGACGAGCCCAAACCGGCUGAGACGGCUGAAAAGACCGUCGAGGAUGAUAUCUGGGGAUCCUGGGCCACCAAAGACCAAAAAAGCAGCAAGAAGUCCAAAGCGAAGGAUGAUCUUCCCCCUCCUGCGCCCAGCCCGCCCGCUCAGGGUCUCACUCCUGAACCCCAGCCAAUUGACACGCUUGACGAUGACGUUGCAGGAGAUACUUGGGCAGAUCUUACCACGGUGAAGAGCAAAGCUUCAUCAAAGAAGAGCGCCGUUUCCAAGACUUCAAGCGGCAAGGAGAAGUCGAAGAAGAGCAAGGACGCGGAGGACUUUGGUGCGGUCCCCUCUUUCGAGGAUCCAUUGCCAGAGGAGACUCCGGCUAGUGUCACGAAGAGCAUCUGGGGCUUUGGCGCACCAACGACCACGAAAAUGACCAAGAAAGACAAGGAGGCCAAGGCCAAGAAGGAAGCUGAAGAACAGGCGAAAAGGGAAGAAGAGGAGCGGCUCGCCCGCGAGGCUGAGGAGGCUGAGGCUGAGGCAGCACGUCUGGCCGAAGAAGCGGCAGCAGCGAAGAGCUCUAAGAAGAAGGGAGCCAAGUCCUCCAAGACUGACGCGAAAGCGGGCAAAGGAAAGGAUACGGACGAGCUCCUGGAAUUUCUUGACGCGCCCACACCUGCUUCCAAGGCGGCCAAAGGGUCGAAACUGACCAAGACGCCGUCGCACAAGCAGGAGCCGGCCGAGGACAAGGUCGAAGACGACUACUUUGGGUCCUGGGGUAACGCGUCGACGAGCAAGAAGACAGCUGGCAAGAAGGACUCAGCCUCGAAAAAGGAAAUUGGCAAACACGAGUGGGCCAAUGAGGACGAUGCACUAGCUGACCCCGAGAGAGACCUGGACUCCGGGUUCGACUUUGGGAAGCCGGCCUCUUCUUCAUCCAAGGCCGCGAAGGCAAUGACGGCCGCUGCGACUUCCACAAAGACCAAAGUCUCCUCCUCCGUCGCCGAUCGCAUCAAAGCACUGGAAGGCAAGAAAGAAGAGAGCGGAAAGAAGUCGAAGACGGCCGACGCCGGGCUGACUAAGGAUUUGUCUCCGCUAGACGACGCCCCAUCGCCCAAAGAGGAAAAGAAGCCAAUCUCCAAGGCAGCAGGCGUCAAGACAAAGACAGCUUCGAGCAAGACCACCAAGGCCUCUGCCCAAGACGCGUCUCUCGUCACCGAAGAAAAGAAGUCAAAAGACUCGGUCCCUGGUAGUUUUCCUGGCGCCCUCGACGACGACCUUUACGACCUCGACUACAAUCCGCCACUCGGACCCUCGUCGCCGGAGAAGCCCAAGACGAAAGCCAAGAGCAGCGAGAAGAAAGCUGUGAAAUCCAAGGCGGCCACCCCCAAGGAAUCGGCUGUCGACAAUCUCGAUCUUGAAGAAGCUUCCACGCCUGUCAAGGCAGCGACACCUCCGCCAGACGACAAGAAAGCGGGAAAGAAGGAACGGCCCAGGGUGGAACGAUCCGCGACUGCUUCUUGGGGAUUCUGGGGUGCAGCACCUCCGCCAAAGAAAUCGGCCAAAGACAAGACCAAGGACGAGGAGAUGCCGCCGCCGCCGCCACCACCGAAGAAGGAGAAGUCGCCAACUGGUGUCGCACGGUCGAAGUCCACCCGAACUCCCAAGGAGAAGGAGCAAGAGGACAGGAAGGAAGCUGAAAAGCAGUCCAAGUCGUCCGGCUCCGACAAGGACUCGAAAACCAAGAAACCCGAAAGGCCCAAGACCACACGCGGACCUUCUUUCUCCAACUUCAUGUUUGGCGGACCGCCGCCCUCUGCUAUGGCGCGUUCCAAGACAAGUGCAUCUCGAAGGCCCAGCACCGCGGCCAGCUCUAGACCAUCUUCGAGGCGUCAGUCAAUGGACGGCUUUGCUUCCCCCCCUCCUGAAGACGAGCCCCCAAUGACCGACAAGGUAGCCAAGCUCAUGGGAAUGAAGUCGAGCAGGAUCGAGCGUCGUCCGUCCGUCAAGAAGAACCGUUCCGCUGUUCCCGAUCCUUACCCCAUCGACGAUGAUGACAUGGUGAUGAUCCACACCAACGACAAUCCGCCACACGUUGAUGGCGUGUCUGGUGCCGCAAAGUCAAAGUCCAAACCUGCCAAAGCAAAGAAAGAGAUGAAGUCACACAACAAGAACUUCUCCCACGAUGAUGAUAUGGUAAUGGUCGAGAGCCCGACACAGGCUGAUCCGUUGGUCACGAGCGGCCCCGACGAUAUGGCCUUUGUGGAUCAUCCGCCUACGCUGAAGCGAAGCAACACUGCAUCGAAGAGAUCGACCGGAUUCUUCGGUGGACUCUUCGGUGGGGGGCGACCUGCAGCCGAACGAUCCCGGAGCCACACUCUCACCGACGCGGAAGAUCUGCCCAUCCGAACCAAGAGCAAGUCCACCAGAAGAUCUCGAGCCGUUGAAGGCGAGGAACUUACUACCGAUGCUCCUGCGGAAACCGACGCCGACAUCGAAGCCCGACGUGCCGAGCGGAGGGCGAAACGCGACGCCCGCGAUCAGGCAGAGGAAGCGGACCGAGUAGAACGGGAUCUCCGGCGGAAAGAAAGACGAGAACGCGAGAAGGCCGAUAUCGAGGCCCGUCAGCGAAAAGCACGCGAGCGUGAGAAACGAGAGCAGCUGGAAGAGGAACGACGACGGGAAGAAAAGAGAGCUAGACGUGCUGCGCGAGAAGCGCGGAUUGCACAAGAAGAGACAGACGCUCAAGCGGAGGCGGAUCGCAAGCGGGAGGAAAGAAGGCGGUUGCGUGCUCAACUGGAGGCUGAGCAAGGUGUCACGCACGACGUUGCAAAAGAAGAUCGCCGCCGGUCGUACUAUGCGGCGGAAGACGAACGGAGAAGACGAAAGGAGAGCCGAAAAGUCAAGGACGACCCGUACAGAUCAAGCCGCAAGAAGUCGAGCGUGCUCGUCGAAGAGUAUCACGAGUCGCGGAGCGGCAGCGGCCGUGGAAUCGCGCCGCCAGCUAACAAAACCAGCUCAUGGGUCAACUCCCAGGCGGACGAGCCACCGGAGAUCCCGCCCGUCGAAGGCACGGUACUGGAUCCAAGCGGAGAGAAGCCACGAGCCGCAGUGGAUGACGAUGAGCACAAACGCAGCAGUCGUCACCGCGACAAGUACGCCGGCAUGACCGAAGCCGAGAUUGAAGAAUAUCGUGCUCGAAGAAAGAGCUUACGGCGCGGAGAAGGCAAGUCGGCGAGUGGCGGCAGCGACGAGCGCGAUCGACGCGAGAGAAGACGACGAAAAGAGCGCGACGUGACCGACGAUCGGGGCUACGGAUACGACGAAGCGCCGGUCAAGACGUGGGAUGGCCGCCCUGCAUUGGGCGGCCGAAACGACAGCAAGAGGAGGAGUUUCCUCGGGGGUCUCUUCUGA